AUUGACAACUUUGAACAAGUUUGAGCAGCCAAGACACGACUUGUCUUAAUUCGUCACCGUGUUGUGAAACGCUUUGCUUGUGCAAUUUGCCAAACUUACGGUUUUGACCGUGUUUUGUUUUCAAAGUUCAAACAAGGCUUAACUACGAUUUGCCAAUAUGACGAAGUUAAUACAGCAGUUAAACUUUAGUAGUAGUAAUUACUUUGACCUUGCUGGUAUUGAGCCUAACGCCAUUAAAGGAAAGAUUAAUUAUGGCGACUGCGCGUCCCUGAGCGUUGCAGGCAGCAAGCGCUCGGCUUUGUCGGCUUCCGACGCCGAGUGUUUUUCGCUGUGCCUGGGCGCCGGGCCUCUGUGUAGCAAUGUAGUCAAUAAUGUGUAUGGUAUAGGUGGUCCUGAUGUCCCUGCUCAUGGCUCGGCACCGCCCGGAGGGGUGAGCAGCGGGGCUUCGAGCCCCGCAACCCCAUCCACCCCCACUCACGACGACAACAACCCGUUUAAAUGGUCUGUAACGUCAGGUGACUUGUUGAGCGCCUUGCUAUGGGCCAGCGCGAGCUCGCUGGCGGGCAGCGCGGAGAGCCUGGCCGAGCCCGGCUCCCACGCCCCGCACGCGCACCCCGCACACCCCGCGCUGCAGCCGGAGCGACGUGAAGCGGUAAUAAGCAAGAUACUGGAACGUAAAGAUCGGCAACCAGUGAAGAUUGAGUUCAAAAUUUUCCUGACGGAAAACACUGUCACUCGCUGGGAAGCUGUGGUGCAAGGCAACACCAUCUACUUACGUAUGCCGGCGGUGCUGCAGUCUGGUAGUAAGGAGAGCUUCAUGCUGCUCCUGGACUUCGCAGAGGAAAGACUCGGCUGCAAUAAUUGCAUCAUCUGCGUGCUGAAGUCUCGUCCGGACAGAGCCACAGUUCUCCGCACUUUCAUGUUCAUGGGCUUCCAGCUGCUCGCCCCCACCUCGCCGCUGAUGCCGCAGGAGAUCAACAACCCCGACUACGUCUUCCUGCACUACAACAUGCAAUAAACUCCCCUCCCACGCUGCACCUGCUCCCCACAAGUAAAUACCACUGAUCUGUUUAAAUGGAUAGCCGAUUAUUUGUAAGUCCACCACUAUUGUUAGUUUGGCAACUUCUCACUGCGAGUAUCAGCGCCAAAAUCAAACAAACAAAAUAUCAGUUUAUAACCUAUCCAUUUAUAGAGGUUAUGGUAAAUUCACUUCAUCAUAGAGUAGUUAGCGGCAGUUUAAUCUUUGACAAGUGACAGCAAGUAUUAACCAUAGAGUAGUUAUGUUGAAUUUAAUUGUGAUUGACAAACUUUUUGAUCAAAUAUUUGAUGUUACAACUUUAAAUUGAAGGGGAUAAAGGCAAAUAUGCUUCAGUCCAAUUUUUUAAACUAGUCAUACCAAAUUGUUGCUUGUUUAAGCUAUAAUUUGGUAUGGCUCGUUUAAAAAAUAAAAUUUAAGACAAGCGUUUUUUCUUUUAUACGUCCUACAUACCUAAUAACUUUAAAUGAAGUGAUAUUAGUAUUAUUCAAAUCAAAUGUUUGACAAACGAGUUGGAUCUGUCUGUAUUUCCUAAUGGUAUUACAAUUUAUUCAGUAUUCGAGUGUUACAAGUUAGAAGCUGUCACGGCCGUGGGGGAAUUUUAAUGGGCACUUUUAAUUAUAAAGUAUUGCUUCGCGCUUGCUUAGUGGUUUCGGUAAAGUUUCAACAAGUCUCCUAGCGUUUAGAUUUUUAGUAUGUAUACCUAUUAUGUAGAUUUAUCGCUUUAUUGAUUUCCUUUAAAGGCGUUGAGAUAGAUGUUUAUCACGGUUAGAUCACCAUUAUCGUAGUUUGCUUUUUAUAGAAUAACAACUCUUUGUCUUAGAGGAAUCAAAAAGCUUUUUAGUUUUAGUUUAUUUUCUACAAUUUCAGCUUUGAAUCGCUUUUGACCUAUACGUUAAAAUCAAAACUGUUUUGUAGAAACUUAAUUUUAAUCUUUAUUAUAUAUAACGCAAUAUAUGUCGUCGUGUAUUAUCACCCACUCCGGGGUAGAGCCAAAAUAUGAAACACAAAAAAAAAUUAAAAAUAAAAAAAUCCAAAAAAAGAACAGUUUGUUAUAUUUCGAUCUCCACUUUUAUUCUCUGCUUGUGUACGUACACACAUUACUUAUGAAAAUAUGAAAUAAAUACAAAUGUCUUAAACCUAUAAUCUAAAACAAAAAUAAGCAAGGACUUUUAACCUCAGUGGCCAUAUUAUACCAUUAUUAAUCUAUGAUGAAAUGGUUCUAAAACUUUUGAGGUUAAGGAAUAUUUUAUAAAAUCAAAUAAUGUUUAAAGUGUGUGCGUACUAACCCUCUUUUUCCCACAUUACAAAAUUCCGUUUAAAAUACACAUUUUUUAAUGCUUAUACAUUAACGAAUUGUAUCUUUUAUAUUUCAUCGUUAGUGCAUAAGCGCCUAAAUUGACUUCUAAUUAAAAAAAAAUAGCAUCUAAGAGGUUUCAUGUUUUCCUUAAUUUAGUAUUCUACAAGCCAUUCUAAUUAAUGCCAUCGUACAAAAAAAUUAAUAUAGACAGGUCGAUCACAAGCAAAAUAAAAUCGGCCAUUUUGAACAUCUAACAUCACAAGUGUUGCCACAGUUAAAAAGUGCAAAAAUGGCAUAAAUUCGAAUGUAUUUUCAAUUAUUAGUGUGAGCAAUUCCGCUCUUUUAGCAUUUAGGAGUUACAGCGCUCUAAUUUUCUUUGAUUCAGUAUUCUUUUACAGAGUAUUAUAACCUUUUUGACUUCUACAGGGCGCUGUUUCUAGUAUAAGUUUACUUUAAUUGAAAACCAAUUAAAAUACAUCUUAACCA